CGGCAUUUCACUAUUUUUACUGACCACAAACCUCUGUGCUAUGCUUUUACCACUUCGCUGGAUAAACACUCCCCAAGAGAAGCCAGACACUUAGACUAUAUCUCCCAAUUUUCAACUGACAUACAGUACAUCAAAGGGGACGCAAACGUGGUAGCUGAUUCUCUUUCAAGAGGUGAUAUACACCAGCUUGAAACUUCAGUAGACGUCAGUCUUGACCGUAUGGCUCAGUUACAAAGAGACGACGCAGAACUUCGAAAUUGUCGUGGAAACUCUUCCUUACAGCUCAGGGACGUACCUAUUCUCUUGUCAGAUGCUACUAUAGUUUGUGAUGUAUCUACCGGCACUAAUCGCCCGUUUGUUCCUCUCCAAUGCCGAAAAGCUUUAUUCGACCACUUACAUUCGCUCUCUCACCCUGGAGUACGUGCCACCGUCAGACUCAUCAGCGAACGUUUCGUGUGGCCUAAAAUGAACUCUGACAUUCGGAGAUGGGCACGAGAAUGUCUCCAAUGCCAACGCUCCAAAGUACACCGCCACACUAUCACAACGCCAAAAACGUUUGAUUUACCGGACAGGAGAUUUCAGCACGUUCAUAUAGAUAUUGUAGGACCAUUGCCAACGUCAAGAGGAUAUACACAUAUCCUGACAGCCAUUGAUAGAUUUACUCGUUGGGCUAUUGCAUGCCCCCUGAACGAUAUAUCUGCCGAAAAUGUUGCUUUGGUUUUCCUCGACCGCUGGGUGUCAAACUACGGUGUACCAACUACUAUUACAUCCGACCGCGGUCCUCAAUUCCAAUCGACACUCUUUCGCGAACUGACGAGACUCCUGGGAGUGAAACAUAUCUCCACGACAGCCUAUCAUCCGGCAGCGAAUGGUCUAGUGGAAAGAUUCCACAGACAACUGAAAAGCUCCCUGAUGGCGCAAAAUGAUACAUCUAAGUGGAGUGAAUACUUACCUUUAAUUUUACUUGGUAUCCGAUCUACUAUCAAAGAAGAUUUAGGAUGUACACCGGCUCAACUUGUUUAUGGCACCAACCUAACCUUGCCUGGACAGCUAGUCCCCUCAGCCGAUUCCACAGACGUGAACAUUACCGACUUCACCAACCGAUUAACUAGACAAAUGCUUCAGCUUCAACCAACAGCACCUCGACAAUCUCCCCGACGAGAUCAGAUCAACAAACAUCUACAAACUUGCAAAUUCGUGUUUGUUCGAGUCGACGCCAUCAGAAAAGGAUUACAACCUCCAUACGAAGGGCCAUUUCAAGUUAUUAAACGUUCAGAAAAACACUUUACGGUGAACAAGAAUGGAAAACGAGAGACUGUUUCCAUCGAUAGCAUCAAACCCGCAUACACAGACAACGAUUUUGAAGCUACAUCGGCAACUGCACAAUCAAAUAAUCAAACAUCACAUUCCACUCCACCGGCACCAAGUCUUAUCAUCCCUCCAUAUCAAACACGUAGUGGUCGGCAAAUCAGUAAACCGGCUCGCUACGUUCAUUUUGAGGACUAAUAAAAAAAUAUUAAAAAUUAUUAUUAUCUUUUUCGUUUAGACAUUAUUAUCAUGACCGUUAGUAUUUCGUUGUAAACUUUGAUGUUACUAUCACUAUUAUUUACUUAUGUGUACCUCACCUAUAAAACAGGCAUUGCCCUUUUCAGAAACUAUUGAUCUUUAAUCCAUAUUUGUUUUCUUUUUCGUUAUACAUUGAAAAUCUAUGCUCAUGGUUAGUGCAAAUUUAAAAGACAUGACUUUCUGUUUUAAUUUUUUUUAUUGCUGAACUAAUUGUAUAUGCUUUCAGACUUUACAUGACUCACAUAACUUCUUACGUUUAUGCAUGUUGUAAUAUAUCCCUAUUUUUAUCCAAAAAUUGUUAUUACUAUUAUUAUUUACUUCACAGCUUUACUUAACAUUUUCCGAUGGUCUCUCCGGACCUCUAGGGGGGAGCCCUGUGGAGUGCGUAACAAUGUGAUUGUACACUUUUUGGUUAUUUGUAGAAAUUAGACAUAUUGUACAUAAUUUUUGUUUAAAACGCUUCUGGUUGAAAUACCCUUGUCUUCCGUGUACGAUUGGAAAAUACACUCUGCUGUUGGAGACUUCGUCUUCUCCUUGGUUUCUUUGGCUUACUAGCUCAGCUCUCACCGUGUUGUAUCUUUCGGAUUUAUUGUAGGAGUCCACUACGCUCAACCGAAGACAAUUAUACAACCGGGACACAGCAGCUACAACCUACUCCGUCCAAACAACUAACGUCUCCGUGGGUUAUAUAAAUAAUUUGUAGCAGAGGACUUCAACUUUAUUUCCAAGUAACCCUUUUGUUGACAUAACGUGUCGUUGCAUUUUUGGUAAUAUACUGUUACUUAACAUUCCAUUGACUUGAAUAUUAUUUCUCAUAUUUUGUAAUACUAGUGA